CUAGAAGAUCCAUACACCAGGGAUGAAAUUUGUAGUUCUCGCAAUAUAGACUAGAUUUAUCUUUAGCUUAUCUAGCACAAUGCUUAACAGCCUAUUCUGCUACACGUGAUAAAGAUAGUUUCUUCUGAGAGAAACAAGAUUUCUAUAAAAAUAAAAACUAUAUAUUUUCAGUAGAUGGAUUUUAUUAAUUAUAAUAUUCUUAUUCUCAUUGAUAUUGCAUAGAAAUGUAGUGCUUAUUGAUUAUGAUAUGAUAGGGUGUGCUCAUUUAAUUUGUGAUUAAUUACUGUAAUAUUGUUGCUUGCACCCUGUUUCUAAUUAGGGAUCAAAGGAGGCACCUAUUGGUAUUGCUAGGACUCAGUAUGAUACCUGCUAGGACAUGUGCUAGGACUCUUGGUAUUACUUUAAUGUCAAGUUUAGUUUGUACUUGUGUUACCACAUUGUUGACUUUUGAGAGUCAAGUUGUCAAUCCAAAAUUAUAAGUUAAAGAAAAAUCAAGGGAUGUUUUAUUAUAACAACAUGUUGAAUAAUAACACUAAUUCUUUGGAUUCCAAUUUAUAAUUCAGUAGUCAUAGUUUCUGACAAAUAUUUAUGUAAAGAUAGGUUAGGGAAGGGUUCAUCAUUAAGCAAUGGGUGCUAAUUUCAUCAAUUACAGACCACAUGAUGGAAGCUUACGUUUGGUGGUCUCACAGUUAUUGUUAUUAAUUAUGUAUACUUAUAUUAUUAGUGAAGGUAAUUGUUUUCUUUUGCUAGUUAAAGAAGCAGCAUAUUACAGAUUACAUUUUAUUCAUGUAUUCUCUCCGAGUUAUUUCAUUUUGACAGAAUAAAUUAUCAUAUAUUUGACAGAAUAAAUUAUCAUAUGUUUAUGUAUUAAGAUGAAGAUGCUUCACUAGUGAGAAUGUUGUUGUGGUUAUAUAUCAUACUGUGAAGUUCGAUAUGCUGUUCUAGUACCUACAUUUCUAUGUACACAAAAUGGUGCCUGAAAACUGUUAUGUAUCGAGGUACGGAGGCUGCUUUAGGAUGAUGUGGGGCUUUGGCUACUUUGCUCUUUUCUUCUUGCUUUCUUGAUAUAAUUACCUGUAAUCAUAGAUCUUACAAUGUGAAUUCUUUUUUAUUGUAUUGUAUGCAAGUAUUAAAGCUUUCCAAGGAAAUGGUGUUUUGUGAACUUUUGAUUCAAAGUUAAGAUUUUGAAACUGGAUUUAUUUACAUUUUGGGGAGUUUUCAUUAUUUUCUCAAGAGACCCCCCACAGUCACUAUAAAUAAGGCCUGGAAUUGUUUUAAGACAAAUUCUUUUUUAGAGAAUGUAGGCAUGAAGCUGUCUUACGUUAACUUUAAUAUUUCUAGUUACAUGGAUGCACUCUUACAAAAAUGGACUAGGGAAAGAUGUAGAAUGUAUUUUUUGAAAUGUUUGUUUUUCAAUUAGCUAUAUAUACUCCUAUAGUUGGUGAUGGUAUUGUUUGAAUUUGACCUUUGUAUUGUGUAGGUCAACAACAACAACAAUAAUAAUAAUAUUAAUAAAUGAUGUCUAGCACUAGCAAAAUCCAUUGCUAACCAUUGAUUUUGUUCUCUGCUUUUGAAAUGACUCGACAAAUUUCAUUAUGUAUAUACACAGACAGGUAAUUUCAUGCUUCACACAUGUUAAAGGCAUACUGAAAUAUUUUAUGGCAAUAGGUAAAUACAUUUUGAUAUUUCAAUGACUAGUUCAUAAAUAAGCCACCUGUCUUGCCUUGUUUUAUUAAAAUUCUCUUCAAUAAUGAAGGUUAACUACACCAAAUAGUCAUGUUAAUCAGUUGAGAGAAAAAGCAUAACUAGUUAAAAAGGAAACAAAUGUUAACUGACCUAACAAAUGUGACUGACAAGAAACAAAGGAGAGUACAUUGGCAAAGGGUAAUUGUUUUUGCUUCGACAAGAAAUUAAAAUAACACCAUUUGUAAAAGACGGAUAACAAGAAAAUGUUAUUCUCAAAACCAAUAUGCAAUGUCCAAAGACAUUUUAUCCACCAUCCAAUAAAGUAAAUGUGUGACAUGAUAUGACUGAUACGGUAUGAUGACUCAGUGUUGGUAUGAUGGUACGUUGAUGUUAACCACAGAUGGAGUCAGUAAGGUACAGCCUGGCAUCCCUGUUGCUGAUGAAACAGAUGCCCCAAAACCCCUCACUGGGGGAGGUGCUGUUACAGCUCGCACUGAUGUAGAGAUCGAAGGUCAAGAAGCAGAUCAGUCGGACCAUUCCAACAAAGACAAUCACCAAGGAGAAUCUCAACAACCUGCAACUAAUUUCAGUUUUCGAAAUGCAGAAAAAAUGGAGAUAACUGCUGUUGAGGAUAAUGUUCAGGAAGAAACAGAUGACAGUGAAGCUGAUAGCUCAGGUUCAGAAGAUUUAGUUAAAAGAAUGAGAGAUAAGUACAAGGAGAACUCUGGGAGGGACAGCUCGAGUAGCUCCAGCUCUUCCAGUGAAGAAGAAUAUGAGGCAAAGUCUAGCUCCUCCAGCAAAUCCACCCACACCUCAAACAAAGUGGUUUCAUCCCAGAAGGAAGUUGAUGAUGCUGACGCUGACACUGCAGAUGAUGUGUCAGACAUUGAGACAGAUGUUGAGUGGCCUCGGAAGUCAGAGGAAGAGAUUAAUGCCGGUCCAAAACAGAGAGUUAAUGAUGCCUUACCCCCAAAACCACAGAAACCUUCUAAAAAGAUUCAAGGGAUUUUAUCGCCUAAAAAGCAGAAAAAUAAUGGCCAAAAGAAAAGGACAUCUUUUAAAAUGGAUGAUGAAGAGGAUGAGAAAUCGGAUGUUAAUGUUGUUGUUCAUAGAGAUAAGGAAGAUGAUGGUUCAGGGAAGGAGAAGAUAAAGAAGAAGAGGCGUAGCAACAUCAGCAAGGACAAGAAUUAUGAGAUUGGAAUUGUAGCCUAUGAAGAAGGAGUGGAACAAGAAAAGGAUGAACCCUUGGGUCUUCGAGCAUCUGAUGCAGCCGACAGAAAGAAAGAUGAUGAUCAGACAUCGGACAUUCCGGAAAUUUCGGUGAACAAAUCAGGAGUGACAUUGUUUUCCGAUCGGGUGGAUGAUGUGGAGCCUUGCCGGGAACAUGUCACUGUUGGUUAUGAGGAGGAGAUGGAUGAAAGAGGCACAGAGUCAGAUGUGGAAGGAGAGGGGAAAUCAGUAGAAGUUGGUGGUGGGGACCGGGGAACCUCAGGGAGUGAAACAUCGGAAGACAUGGUGGCUCAAUAUGCUGCUCGGCUUACAGAACUGGAUGAACGAGCUGGGACUGAAGAUAGUCAGGGACUGUCCCACAAGGUUUUGAACCAUGCAGAGACAUCUCAUAAUGACGUUCAAAAUGGUUCCAGAGAGAAUAUGACUACAGAAUUGCAUGAUGUUAAAGAAAGUCAUCCUGCAGCAGGAAACGGACAAGAAGUUGGUCCUUCAGCUGACUUGCCCAAAAUUCUGAUUGACAGCUCAGAAGCUCACAUGGCUGCAUCAGGACAGAUUAGUCAGGAGAGAAGGUUAUCUGAAGCUAAAGAUGACCCAAGAAACAUGCUGACAUCAUCAGACGAGCAGUUCAACAAUGUGGAGGUCACACUGGCUGAUAUCAAUGCAAAGAACCCUGGUGGUGUUCCAAGACGAGUCAGUGUUGGUGGGGAAAGUCUCCUAUCAGUACCUUGUAGUGGCGUUGUUGAGAAGGAUUGUGUUGUGUGGACAGGAGGUUCCCAUGCUAACCAGGAGCAGCCUGAGGAUGAAGUCAUCAGUCCAAGACAGUGUGAUACCAAGAGGAGGCCAAGUUUAGACUCAACAAGAGAUGCUGAUAUGCAGCAGCAGAUUCCGAUCAUACUGGUGGAGGGAGGGUGUCACCCUUCACAGGACAAGGUCCUGUCUCAGGAUGAAGCGAAGACAAGACUCGCUAGGACCCAGUCUCCAGAUAGCAAUGAUGGUAGUCCAGGAAGGACUUUGUCUCCUGAAAGAAUUCCUGACACAAGACAGUAUAAGCUUCCUUCUUCCCAAGACAAACAAUACAGGACUCCUGUUCUUACCAGACAUGACAGGAUUAUGUCUUCUGACACUGAAUCAGAAAGGAAUUCUUCUGCGGAGGCUGCUGCUGGGUCUGUUCCCGAUAGGACAUUGACCUCAGAGGACACAGGGCUGUACACGGAGUGCAACAACCACACAGAGAACAAGUCUAGUGUAGGGUUGAUGAGGGAAGAGAGCCAGAGUCUGCCCACUAUCAUCACUGAACAUGUGGACUGAACAUUGGAAUGUAUAUAUAAAUGUUGCACUGCUGGAAAAGUCUGUCUCCAACUCUAUGUCAAGACACGGAUUAUGCUUCAGGGAUGUUUCAGUGUCAACUUUCUGAUCUCAUCUUUACUUUGCCUAUAUGACCUUCUUAAUGAUAUAACCUUCAUGAUAAAACUUUCAUAUGAUCUUCAUGAAGUUAUCAUAUGACCUUUAUGAUAUCAUAUGAUCUUAAUGAUAGGAUCAUAUCACCUUAAUGAUAUCAUAUGAUCUACAUGAAUUAUCAUAUGAUCUACAUGAAUUAUCAUAUGACCUUUAUAUCAUAUGAUCUUCAUGAUAUGAUCAUAUGACCUUUGUGAUAUCAUAUGAUCUCCAUAUGAUCAUAUGACCUUCAUGAUUCUUCGUGUUACGGGGCGGUCGGGUAGCCUAGUGGUUAAAGCGUUCCCUCGUCACGGCGAAGACCCGGGUUCGAUUCCCGACAUGGGUACAAUGUGUGAAGCCCAUUUCUGGUGUCCCCCGCCGUGAUAUUGCUGGAAUAUUGCUAAAAGCGGCGUAAAACCAUACUCACUCACUCACUCUUCGUGUUACCUUCAUAUGAUCUUCAUAUGACCAUGAUUUGAUCUUCAUGACAUGAUCUCCAUAAGACAGUUCAAGCAAUACAGCAACAGGUUUCACUACAACUGCAGCAGGGUGACUUGGGAGAAAUGGUCUUUACUAGCUAUUUACUUGUUGUUUACUUGUUGUUUAUGAAAUAUCGCUGAAAGAUGUUACUGCUCAUACUUGAUAUUGACUGCUACAAGUUGUUUGUAGAUGGAUUCUGAUGAAAUAUUUUUGUCUCAGUGUGUAUCCUGCUGUGAUUUAAUUGAUAGUCGGAUUUCGACUUGUAAAAGUAAAAAUAUUUAUUUCAUUUGGUAUUAUUGUUAGGAUGUAAUCCUUAAUACAGUUUUGUUUCACUCUAUAGACUUUAUGAGGAUAUGGUACAAAUGUACUUUAAUAUCUGAGGGUUGUUUCUGAGCUGGAGGACAUCACAGUGUGGUAAUACUAGUCAUCGUUCAAUGUUCGUCCAGAACUAAAUUAUCAGAUCUGCUAAGUCACUGUUAAAUCACUUGUGCCUUGAUGUUAUAUCAGUCUAAAGUUCAGAUGUUGAAUACAAUAUAAUUUACUAACCAUUGUUGGCCUGGAUCUUAGAACAUGACCAUGGAUAGUCAAUUAACAUUACCAUAGAUAGUCAGGAAACAUUACUGUAGCUUGGAGGGAAAGAUAGCCACAGAUAGGCAGGAAUUAUGACCAGAGAGGCAGGAAACAUGACCACAGAUAGGCAGGAAAGAUAGCCACAGAUAGGCAGGCAACAUGACCAUAGAUAGGCAGGCAACAUGACCACAGAUAGGCAGGAAACAUGACCACAGAUAGGCAGGAAAGAUAGCCACAGAUAGGCAGGAAACAUGACCACAGAUAGGCAGGAAAGAAAGCCACAGAUAGGCAGGAAACAUGACCACAGAUAGGCAGGAAAGAUAGCCACAGAUAGGCAGGCAACAUGACCACAGAUAGGAAGGAAACAUGACCACAGAUCAUCAUCAUGUCCAUAGUAAAGGAUUUAUCUUGGGUUUGAACUACAUGCCUGUGGCAACCAAAUUGUGAUAAAAGCAUUACUUAGUGGUAUUAUACCAUUGCUUCAAAUUCAUCUUCCCAAGGCAAGGGAGUUACCUGACUGUAAAAGUCCAGUUUCCGCCCUUUCCGAACUAUGCUGUAAUUUUGUGGCUCGAUCGUAGCCCCACCAGCGAUUACAAGUUAUUUCCCUUCUAUGUCCCUCCUAUUGACCAAUCACAUUCUACCUCUCAUAGCACUUGUAUUUGCUUCAAGCAAAAUGGUGGCACCAUGUAGAGACAAUAUUCAAAAUCUUUAUUGUAACAAAAUGGGUCUUAACUCAUGAAGUACUUGAAAUCAUUUAGCACCUUGAUUAAAACAAGUAACAUGAAGAGCUUUUUGCUCAGGUCAGGGUACACAAGCUCUGCAAAUCCUGCAAUUGACCAAAAUCAUCAUGUUGUUUGUUGUUUUCAUUACACCAUUUUGAUUGGACUAUGCAUAGACUCAUUAGUCCAGCCAAAAUAUAACUCCAUAAUUCCAGAGUAGUUCGACUUUUAUAGUCAGGUAACUCCCUUUCCUUGGGAACAUGCUUCCAACUCAUUCGUCACCACUCGACCCUUUCCGUAACUUGCAAGAAGACUCGUCCCCCUAUCGAUGAAUGUUAUGUGUGAAAAUACGACAAACCAAUCAGAAUUCGUGUAGGAAAGGUCAAAGAAUCCGUCAGGAAUAAUUUUUGCAUUUAAAAAUAUACCCAAGAUACAGUUUAAUUUGUUCAAUCAUACACUAUAGUACUGUAAGUCCUGAUGUGUCACCAAUACCAUUUGGAACGUAAAUGAUAUAUGGGGCAAAUAUACGUUUAUCAUGACACAACGAGUUAACAUUUCUUUUAGCUAGUCGCAAGAAUGGCCAUGAGAGGGGCAUAAGUUGCUAUUCAGCUUGUCCCAGAAUAACAAGAGUUGGUCACGAAUGG